GAAGCAGCAGGCACGCGAGCGGGACGGCGGGGAGUGCGCGCGCGGCUUCAACACGCACCGCUCGCUGCGGCUCGAGCUCCGGUUCUGUCUCUCUCUCUCGUUAUUCUUUAUUAUUAUUAUUUUUUUGUUUUUAUUGUUUUAGUCUUCGUUAUUCGGUUCCUCAUUUACUGUCUUGUUUUUAAUUUUUUGCUUUGCACUUUCUAUUUAUUACUAUUAUUAUUAUUAUUAUUCCUCCCUGUGCGCGUGUCGUUACCGGAGGAUUAAACCUUGGUGCUCGUGCGCAGCGAUGGAGAAAAUGUCGCGUCCCGUCAGCUCCGCUUUCCUGCCUCCGACCCACGGAGUGCUCAAAUCCCUCCUGGAGAACCCCAUGAAGCUGCCCUUCCACCACGACGAGGGUUUUGGUAAAGAAAAGGAGAAAGAGAAGAAGCUGGAGGAAGAUGGUGCCGGAGCGAAUGCACCUCAGUCUGCUUUUCUCGGCCCGACGCUUUGGGACAAAACGCUGCCUUAUGAUGGAGACAACUUCCAGCUGGAGUACAUGGACCUGGAGGAGUUCCUGUCUGAGAACGGCAUUCCUGCCAACCCGCAAAAUGAGCAGAGCCAGAUCACACAGCAGCCAGUGCAGCAAAGCCCGACCCUGCCCUCACCGCCAUCUGUGGUGGACCUGAGCAACCGCGCCAGCACCUCGGUACACGCCGGCAUGGUGACACAGGGCUGCUUACAGAGCCCGACCCAAGCAGCCCUGCCGUCAAACCGCAACACCCCAAGUCCGAUCGACCCUGAGUCCAUCCAGGUGCCAGUGAGUUACGAGCCUGACCCGGCCGACCUGGCCCUGUCCAGCGUUCCGGGUCAGGAGGUGUUCGACCCGCGUAAGCGCAAGUUUUCCAUGGAGGAGCUCAAACCACAGCCCAUGAUCAAAAAAGCACGCAAAGUCUUUAUCCCUGAAGACAUGAAGGACGAUAAGUACUGGGCGCGCCGUCGGAAGAACAACGUAGCAGCGAAGCGUUCCCGGGAUGCACGGCGCCUGAAGGAGAACCAGAUCGCCAUCCGAGCCGCGUUCCUGGAGAAAGAGAACACGGCGCUCAGGCAGGAAGUCGCAGAGCUGCGCAAGGAACUCGGACGCUGCCGGAACGUUCUGGCUAAAUACGAGUCACGGCAUGGCGCCCUGUGAACCCUCCGCCUCUCUCCUGAACCCACCCUCAAACCCGUUCCUCCAUCACCACCACCAUAUGUUCCAAGGACUUCAGUGUGCCACUAUUAGUGCGCUCACCUCCACCCGUCUCUCUCUCUCUCUCUCUCUCUUUGUCACUCUGUGGAUGUUUCAGCAGUGUGUGAUGGGCAUUAGCGCUCGUUAGCGCUUGCUCUCUCUCUUACACAUUUAUUCUUUCUUUUCCUUCAGAUUUUCAUUGGAAAGUGGUGCUGUAUGCUAACCUCUCUCGCUAUAUAUUUCAGUCUGGUCUUGCCUAUUUCGCUUCACAUCAAGCUAACAUGCACCAGCGACAUUUUUGUUUUUCACGCAUCGUCCACUCAGAGAGCAAUAACUUCAACACACUUUUUGGGAAAAAAAAAAAAAAAACGAAGAAAGCAGCGCUAGCCUAUGUGAUUUUCUUUUUUUUGUCAUCUGGUUCAUGGCAUAUUGUGUGUGUAUAUAUAUGUGUGUGUGUGUGUGUGUGUGUGUGUGUGUGAAAGAGAUUUAGAAACCAAGAAACCAUGCAUCCACACAAGCUAGCAACAAAGCGAAUUUCCUGUGGAAGUCUGUGAGUUGCGAUUACGACGACAAUCAACUUGAUAAAAAUUAGCCAUUAAGGUUCACUUCCUGUCUUUGUCCGGUUGUUAUUAACGAUGUUUGUUUUAACGCCGUUUAACGUUGAGCUAUUUAUUACUAGUGGCUUAGCUAAUCAUUUACACAGCUACCUUAACUUACUGCUAAUUGUUUAAUUCACAAUCUUACAGUAAAAAACAAAAAUCUAAACAACAUAAAAACCUUGCAGAUGUCUAUACAAAUAUAUACAUAUAUAUAAAUUAAUAUAUUAUAUAUAUGACUAUUAGCUAGCUCGCUAGUUAUAUUUUUAUAGCAAAACAUUUUGAUCAUUCUAGGCAGUUUAGCUAGUUCCCCAGCUAGUCGUUAACUUCACAUCCACUUGUGGUUUAUUUCCUAAAGUAUUCCAAGCUUUUGAUUUUAGCUAACAACCUCGUGGUUAUGCUAGCUUUAGUAUACACUUAUAAAGCUAUAAUCAGUGUUUCCAGAGUAGAGAAAUUCCAAACCUAGUUAUCUUUCCUGUUGAUAAAUAAAAACAGGGGAAUAUACCCGCUUGAUGUUUACGUAGAAGUCUCUCUUUAGAGCACUGAGCUAGAUAAUUUGUUAAUGAACGCACAUCUCUCUCUCUCUCUCUCUCUCUCUCUCUCGCUGUGUCUCUGCUAACAACCUGCACUAAAGCGUCUUUCACAAUCCAAUCUGGGUGCGAGUCUACCUUCUGUAACAGAAAUACAAUCUAUUUAUGGACUUUUUACAUUUUUUUUUUUAUUUAGAGUCUGCGAGAAUGCUACCUUGCAUUUAGCAAAUAUCACUAUAACUUUGUCACUGUUAGCUUUCUUGUAAGUUUCCUGAUGUAUUUCCUGAUGUUGAUGCAUGAACCUAAAGUUACCGUAUUUUCUGGACUCAAAAGCGCCAUUUUUAAGCAAUUCUACUUUGUAUGAUGCUUAAUAGAAAUGCAGGAAUUGGAAUCUGACUGUUCAGGGAUGACUUAGAAAUAAUAGCGCUUUAAGCUAGCUAGCUGUAUCGCCGAUAUUGCAAGACUGUUAUCUUAAGGAAUAAGACAUAAUGAAUAAUUUUUUUAAUUAUUAUUAUUAUUAACAGAAUUGUAUAAAGCACUGCAAUUGCAAGCUAGCUAAUUCUCCAAACUAUACAGCAGUACCUCGUCAUAUAAAUUUAAUCAGUUUCUGAGGCGAGUUCUUAAAGUGAUAUUUUAUAUUGCAACUCAUUGUCCCAUAGGAAAUAAUGUAAAUGCAGAUCAUUUGUUCCAGCCACCCAAAAAUACUACUAAUUUCCAACACUAUAAAAAUAUUUUUCCAUAUAAAAACAAUCAAAACAUUGAGUAAAGCCAUGUAAAUGAAGUAGAAUAUGAAUUAAAUAGACACCUCACCUAACGUUAAUUUAUGAUUCCUCUUGGCAACGGCUGCUUUAAAAACCAAACUGAAAGCUUUGAAAGUUUUUUUUCCCUCCAAUUCCUUACAAACACUCUCAGUUCUCUGUACCGUGCUAAUGUUUCCUGUACAGACGUGUAUAGUCUCCUCUCGUAGCUUUACCUCGGCCCUCUCGAUAUCUUUCUCAGAUGGCUGUGCUGAAUGUACUGAAUGUAUGCUCUGGUUGUUGUUGUUUUUUUUUUGUUUUUUUUACUUUUUUAUUUCAUUUUGUUUUUCUCGAAAAGAUGGCUGGAUGAUAAUGAUGAUGAUGAUGAUGAUGUCUGUGAUUAGCAUGGCUAACGCAAUCAGUUUGUUUACUACAGACCAAAAUGUGUGGCACACAGGCACACACAUAUACGCAUACACACACACAGACACACACACACGCACAUACUAAUAACAGAGCUAUAUUAGUUAAAACAGAGAUGUUAAUGUUUAUACUGAAUAUUCUAGAGUUCUAUGUUUGUCUUUUUGUACAGUAUUUUUCUUAUACCAGAUACAAGGCACAACAGGUUCAGAGUAGAGCUAAACCUAGAGAUUAAACACAAUCUAUUUACAGAAGUUUAUGCUUAAAAACAAUAUUGUACUAUAUAUAUAUAUAUAUAUAUAUAUAUAUAUAUAUAUAUAGUAUGAUAAAAUCUAUAUCUUUAUUACUCAGAGUUAAGCUAGCGUUUUGUGAGCGAAUCAGGGGUCGUUAUUAAACUUCUCAAAGCGCAAAAAGUCAGAUUUUGCCUUUUUUUGUAAAAUUGUAAAGUGUGAAAGAAAAAAAUGUGAUAUAUAUAUAAAUAAAAAAUAUUAUUAAUUAUUAUGAAUCAA